UUUGGCUUUCGUAUUUGACAGGUACAUGUAUAUUUUAAUAUUAACAGAGGACGAUUUUGAAGACAUCAUGCCAAAAUCGGAGAGAAUCAGCACCUACAUAACCAAAUUGAUUAGCUGGAGGCCUCCAUGUUUUGGAAAUCAUCCUUUCUCUGACGAGGAAGAGGAGAGAUAUGAUGAAGAUAUGAUGAAGAAGAGGGAAGACAUAGCCCAGAGACUGGGACAGAAUCUACCAAAUAAUGAUCUCAUUGAACCAGUUAUGUCUGAGGAGGAAUUUCUUUCUGUGGAACCCCUGGAGGAAAUCCCCUUACCAACCCUAGCCUCCAUUUCAGCAGGAGUGGAGUCAUUUCCUGGUCUGGAUGAUUCUGUGGACAUUGUGACUAGCAUGGGUACUCUUCAACUCCAUGACCUCUCACCUGUGCUAAACACUUGACCUGUUAUAUUUACAUAUUGAAUCCAG